AUGUCAACUUCGGAGAAUUUUGAUAGGGAUGUCGAGAUGGAAUUGAUUUCAGACUAUUUACGGUCGACUGGCGGUAAACAAUCAAUUAACGACGACGGACAACCGGCUUACGAUGCGUCUUCCUCACAGCAAUUGGACCUUCCUGCGUUUGUGACACCGUUGGAGAUAGAACACGCCCCUGGCAUGGACGCUCUGUAUCCCCCCACGCCGCGUAAGUUCUCCAUGCCUGCUAUGCCGGCGCCCAACAAACCUUGUAACCCACAGCAGGACCUAUCAACCUCAGAUGGUCUUCUACAAGAGGAAGACGAGCAAGAGGUAGGUCAUAAUCCGCGAAAAGUCAGAAGGAACACCCAGAAGGUCAACGGCGACGGGGCGUGUACUCUGGAGGAGUUUUGGUAUGAGGAAGGCAAGGAAUGGAAGGUCAGCCCGAAGAAGGGUGAACGCACGGCACACAGCACAAGAAAAAAGUCGAAAGGCAUGGAGGCUUUGCAAUCAGGACCAGAAUGCUACGCUUGCGGCAAUAAGCUAGGGUACAAGAACCUUAUGAACAAUAAUUGCCUACCAUAG